UGUCCUCAUCGCUCCUCCCGAAGUAAUCCGCAUCCUUCCAUCUCAAGUGUACGAUCAUUCCCGUUCCCCGCGUCAGUACUCCACGGACAUACACGUAGUGCACCUCUGCCACCACCGCGCCAUCAUGUUCGCUCCGUCCUUCGCCCGAACUAACAUGGCCGAAGCCGCCGAUUACAACCCCCGCAAGCACGGUCUCAUCACUCUCGCUCCUGACACCGACGAGGUCGACUUUGGCGACGAAGCGCAGCCGCUGAACGCCAAAGACCACUCCGCUAAUCCAUCAGGAGGCGGGCUCUUUGGCUUUGCUUUCGCCAUCAAUGAUAGCUUCGCUCCUAAAUUUGGGGGCGGAGCCGGUUCGGAUGGUCUCACGCCUGCAGGGCCAGCUCCUACCGAGCGCCGCAAUCCCGCCAAGUUGCAGAAGAAGCGCCCGGCUGGUGAUGAUGGCGUGUCUUACUCUACUAUUCUGGGACUGAAGCGCAAGCCAUCCGACCACGAUAUCAACCCCAACACUCGGACCGCUCCCACGACCUACAAGGACGCCUCAGACCACAAUAAGAAGCGUCGUGUCGGUGACUACAACUACGUCUUCACUUCUAACCCGGAUAGCAUCACCCAAUCCGACCCGAAUACCAACGCCAACUCCGACCUCCAACUCCGCCGCCCGAAGAAGUACGCUUGGGGUACUUCUAAAGUGCGCCGCGGGUAUCGCAGCUUGAAGAUAUCCCUGACAGACAAAAUCACCUCGUUCUGGGGCGCUUCCAAGUCCUCGAAUGCGCCGACGAAUGAGCUGAGCUUCGACGAGAAGACCUUCAUGGUUGACUAUCCUCCUCUUCGUGACAUCGACAUGGGUGAGGCAUAA